GGUCACCUGUGACCUAGCUUGUUUUAUUUUUUUUCCGAGUUGUGAUAAAAAAGUAAAGAACGCGACGCCGGCGAAAUUUCGUAUAAUUCGAAUUUAAUUUAUUUUCUCACGUUCAUUUUUUGUUAAUUAAUCGCACAAAAUGACCGACUUCUACCUCCGCUAUUACGUCGGUCACAAGGGUAAAUUCGGCCACGAGUUUCUGGAAUUCGAAUUCAGACCCGACGGUAAACUAAGAUACGCCAAUAACUCCAACUACAAGAACGACACCAUUAUCCGUAAAGAAGCCUACGUUCAUACCAUCGUAACCGACGAACUGAAAAGAAUAAUACAAGAAGGCGAAAUCAUGCAGGAAGACGACUCUCUAUGGCCACCGCCGGAUCGUGUCGGCCGGCAAGAAUUAGAAAUUGUCAUCAACGACGAACACAUCAGUUUCACAACGUCUAAAAUCGGCUCGCUGGUGGAUAUCAGUCAUACGAAAGAUCCGGAAGGACUUCGCUGUUUUUAUUAUUUAGUCCAGGAUUUGAAAUGUUUGGUGUUUUCUUUGAUCGGUUUACAUUUCAAGAUUAAACCAAUCUAAUGUAGGAUUCGUUGGGUUUUUUAUUUAUAUAUGUACAUAUUGUAUUACGCUGAUUAAGCGAUAGAUUUUCCAUUAAAAAGUAUUUCCUCAUA